AUGGGAUCACCGUUGGUUUCGCCUGGUGUUCCGCCAAUUCUCGAACCACUGGUUACUCCAAUGGUUCCCCAUUCACAAGAACAGGAAUUUCCGAGAUUCAUGCCGCCUCCAACAGUAACCUCUGUUGCUUCCGCACUUUUUGCAAUGACUACUCCAGUUUUGGGCGAUGGAAGUGCAUUAAAAGCAAGAGAGCGUUGGCAAUCGUGUAUUUGGGCAGUUAUAAACAAAGACUCUUAUGCGCCACGAAAGUUGGAUGAAUUGAGGUAUAGCAGCAUGAUACUGAAAGACCUGGAAACAGCAGACAAAGUAAUGAAAAAGGAACCAGAAGAAACGCCACCUUCCAGUGUUGACGCCUCGCCAUUACAGUCAGUAAUGCGACCUCCUCCUCCAAUCAAUCCAAAUAACACAACACCCGGAGGACCUCCACCCCCACCAGCACCUUCAACAGUCACACCUAAUCGAAUUGUAACGACGAGUAGUGCAGCAUCACCGUAUGGAUCACCGCUUGGAGCAUCACUACUUUCAAAUCAACCUCUUGUUCUUCCAUUUCCAUCAAUCAACGGGGACUUCGAUUUCAAUGCAGCAAUUGCUGCUGUUGCACAACCGAAACCGGGAGGACCACCUCAAAACGGUCUCGGUGGAGGAGGCGGAGUCCCCGGACCGUCGAGUGGAAUUGUCGGAGGAGCUGGAAUGUCUGUUCAACCACCAACAAGUACACCUUCUCAACAACAGCAACAACAGUCUGGAGUUGAAGGAACUUCUGGACUAAUUGGGAAUGCAAUGAAACCGACUAUGUUAGGAAUCGAUGCAGUCAGCUUUCCAGAGUUCGGAACAACAGAUUGGCAAUCCCCCAUGCUAUCCGGAGGUUAUAGUUCGAGUCCAUCACCUACAAUGCCCGGUGGUGGAUCAAUGAGAAUGGGUGGAGGACCAAUGCAUGGGGGUGAAGAUGAAUCAAAUCGGAAACGACAAGUACGAUUGCUCAAAAAUAGAGAAGCAGCGAAAGAAUGUCGUAGGAAAAAGAAGGAAUACGUCAAAUGUCUAGAAAACCGUGUAUCGGUGUUAGAAAACCAAAACAAAGCACUGAUCGAAGAGCUGAAAACUCUAAAAGAGUUAUAUUGCCGGAAGGAAAAAGAUGGAAUGUGA